AUGCCCCAAUCCAAUGGAACCAGUAGGGUGUCGCCUCAGCAUACCCCCAAAUUGGGGCAACACAAUAUGGCCUAUGUCAAGGAGUCGAAUGAGAACAAUCAUCAACGUCUAGCCUUGGAAAAGGACAUGACAAACCAAUUUCACAUUCCAGGCAGUGCAGUAACGACACCUCAACCUCCUCCCACUUCAGCAGCAUCCCCUCCCAUGGAUAUAAUUGGUCAAAUUAUUGGUGACUUUGGAGUGUGGCAACUACGCACGGUACUCAUAAUUUUCCUUUGUAAAAUACCAGCCUCAUGGUUUAUGGCCUGUAUAAUUUUUACCGCUCCCGAAUUAUAUCCAGAAAAAGAAUUCCAGUGUAAUUCCGAAGGUUUAACAGCAAAUCAAACGAUUUCACCCAACCAAUGUUAUAUUGAGGACCCUGUGGAAGGGCGGCAAGAAUGUACCCAAUUCCUAUAUAAUUUUGAUUUCCAGUCACUUAUCAUGGAAUUUGAUUUGGUCUGCCUCAGGGAUAUUUUUGUGGCAUGGACCCAAUAUUGGCAUUUGUUUGGAGUGCUGGUGGGUGGUGUUGUGGCCACCAAAAUGAUGUUGUUUGUCAGUCCCCGCAAUGUUUAUUUCAUCGGGCAAAUGGCCCAAAUCAUUUGUGGCAUUGUAACCGGAUAUGCCCGAGACUUUAGCCUGCACUGUGCCUUCCGUUGCCUGUCAGCUGUUUGUUGUGCUAUCAUGUUUACCUCAGGACAAGCCAUAUUCGCUGAUAUUACAUCUGGCAUCUAUCGUAUUGGUGCAAUAAUACUCUAUGACACCUUUUGGUCAUUGGGUGUCAUCUUCCUGCCCUCUCUUAGUGCCUUCUUCAACAGUUGGACUCACAUCUAUUUGGGUAUAACAUUUCCAACAUUAUUUUUAACUCUUCUACUACAAUGGACCCCCGAAUCUCCAAGAUGGCUGCUGAAAAAUGGCUGUGAUAAAGAUGUGGCGAGAGUAGAGGCUAUAAUACGGGAGGGAGCUGGUAUCAAUGAUCGCCUAUGUAAAAUUCCUGCAGAUUUUCAUCAUCAGUUACAACAAUUAAGGGAGAAAUUACGGUCUGCCCCAGCACCAGCAAAGUGGUUAGAUUUGUGGAAAGGUCCUCGGGCCAAGGUCCAUAUGAUUGCCGCUCAUUUGGCCUUGGCUGCUUUCAUUAUAAAUUUCAUGGGCAUGUUGCUGAAUAUUCGUUCAUUUGGCCGCGACUACUUGGUGCCGAACACUGUGGCAAUGGGUUUCUCUGAAAUCUUUGGCUGCUUCUUGGCCUUGCAUUUUACUUUGCGGCACAACAAAUGGAAGUGGCAAUGUGCUGGAGUUUUCAAUAUUAUAGCUGGUCUUAUUGGCUGCCUGGGAUGGCUCUUCAGUCAUUCGGAAAUGGAUCCCGAGCUGAAAGUCACCCUGUGGAUGAUAAUUGCCACCAUACCCAAAAUGGGUGUCUCCUGUGCCCAAUCGAUGAUACUGGCCUGCAUGGCUGAAGUUAUGCCAGCCAAUAAGAAAAUACCAUAUGUUUUCUCUGUGGUGACAUGGGCUCGAGUUUGGCUACUCUCAGCACCCUUUAUAAAUGUUCUAAAGAAAAUCGAUGUUGCAUUUUCGUUAAGUGCCUAUUGUUGGCUGAGUAUAUUUGGUGGCAUCUGUACGUGUUUAAUGUUAACACCACGAGCACCCGCGGCGCCAACACAACAAAAUGCAGAUACAAUUCCUGAGAAAAAAGAUAUAUCACCGUUGCCGAAACCCGUGUGGACUGUCGACAUGGAUAUAAGUAAUACUCAGCUGUAG